AUGAUGGAUACGUAUGAGAAACAAUACAAAAUCCCCGAGGAUAUUUGUGCGUCGGCCUCCAGACCGGACUUAUUUCUAUACUCGCGUCUUUUAAAGCGCGUUGUGAUGAUAGAGCUUACGGUGCCUUGGGAAACCAACAUCCCCAAAGACCAUGCCAUCAAGGUCAAUAAGUAUUACGAGCUCACUAACGAACUAACUCGAAAUAGGUUCGUCGUUGAUUUGUACGCGGUAGAGGUGGGAGCGAGAGGUAUAACAGCUAAAUCUCUCUAUAACCUACUAAAAGACUUGGGCCUGUCCAGAACUAACAUUAAUUCAUUCUUAGAACGUACGUCGAAGGCAGCCCUAGUAGGUUCUUUUCAAAUUUGGUUAGGUAGGGAGAGGAACUUGGACAGUGGAGGUGAGCGUAUAACGCGCUUAAAAUAA